AUGAAAGAUUUAUUUAUUUAUUUAUUUAUCUAUCUAUCUAUCUAUCUAUCUAUCUAUCUAUCUAUCUAUCUUUAUUGUUUUCUGUCUCUCCUUCUCUCUCUUUUCUCUUUUUGCUUAUCUCCCCUUAUACCCGAAUGGGUUGUCUCAAAACUAAACUUAAAAAUGCUAUGCUUGAAAACUGAUUUUUUUCCAUUUGUUCCUAUCUAUCUAUCUAUCUAUCUAUCUAUCUAUCUAUCUAUCUAUCUAUCUCAUUUUGGUCAAAUCUAUCUCAUUCUGCUAUCUAUCUCAUUCUGGUCAAAUCUAUCUAUCUCAUUCUGGUUAAAUCUAUCUAUCUAUCUAUCUAUCUAUCUAUCUAUCUAUCUAUCUCAUUCUGGUCAAAUCUAUCUAUCUAUCUAUCUAUCUAUCUAUCUAUCUAUCUAUCUAUCUAUCUAUCCCAGGAACGAAAUAGGAAAGGAAAGAUUAAAGAUCGAUAAAUCUCUUCGAUCACUAGCGAAAGAAGAGAUAUCUAUCAAAACACGAUUGGACAGAUUUCUUCAGUGCGCCAUGUUUUAUGUCUUCCUCUUCGUUGCUAUUUUCAAGACAAAACAUAGUAUUUGUUAUACUACAAUUCCGAUCAGUUUUUACCUACAUAUAAACAUAGCCGGCGAUUUUCGCUCUCUCAGUCUCUUUCUUUCUCUGCACUCUCUCUCUCUCUCUCUCUCUCUCUCUCUCUCUCUCACUUUUUCAUUUAAAUUUUUCUUGAUAAAAAAAUUAACCUCUUACUUCUAUUCUCUCUUUUACUCUUUUACUUUCUUCUGUCUGUCUCUCUCUCUCUCUCUCUCUCUCUUUAACUUCCUAUUCUAUCGUCUUCACUACGUCAUCUUCCUUCCUUUCUUCUUUUCUUCUUUCUUUCUUUCUUUCUUUCUUUCUUUCUUUUAA